AUGGUUGAGGUGAGUCGAAUUAUUUAUAAUAUUGAAGAGAAUUCUCAACUGUGUGAAAAUUCUCUUUCCGUUAUCUCAAAAAUCCAUCAAUCAAAUGGUUUUUCUUCGUGCAAUGAAUCUAUUGUUAAAGUAUUUAUCUCUACUUUGCCUGCGUUAUUUGAUAAUUCAUCUGUCAUAUCCUAUGUAAUAUUGAAUAUUUCCGUCAUUAUAUAUGUUCCUUCAACCAAAAUAUUCAUUCAGUUGGAAUGUCUGGAAGCUCCAAAUCUUGAAGACCAAUACUGUCAUGAUCAUCGGGAACAGUAUCGUAAAUGGAAUCGUUUAGUUUGGCCAUGUCGAUCAUUUUCUUUUCCGCACCAGAAUUUUUUUAUGCUUCCUUUUCGAAUUGAUUAUCAGUGUUUCCGAAUGUCAUCGUUCAUCGUAACAGUACCUCAGGAAUCUUAUACGGAUAAGGUUAUAUCGUCUGAUUGGUCACCUCUCGUAUAUGUUGAAACCACACUUAAUGAUAGAGUUUGGCUUCGACAUGAAAAAAAACUUGUUGCAAAUAUUGAUAAAAUCGUUUAUGCUAUAUAUCGAAAAAGAAAAGAAUCGCUUGAAUUUAUUUUUUCUAAAUCAAUUUCCAUCGAGAAAAGUGGUUUCGAAUGGAAGAAUGUGCGAUCAGGGGAUUAUCUAGUCUUAUCUUACAUUAAUCGUUCUAACUGUCAUUUUGUAUGUCAGGAAAGAAGUCUGGAUAAUAUAGCAAAUUGGAGGAAAGAUGAUCGGAGUGUGGUUAAGGCAGAUUGUAACAUUUGUCCAAAUACGGUCCUGAAAUUCACAUUAAUUUCUGAUAAACUAAGCCCAGCACAACGCAUUUAUCAAUCGACAGUCAUUCUUACUACAAAAUUAUCAUUAUCAUGUAUGCUCCAUGAGUUAAAUCUUAUGUUUUUACGAAAGUAGCAUAAUAAUAGAAAUAUUAAUGAUUCUGCUAUACUUAUUGUUCGUCCUGCUGUACUUAUUGUUUGCACCGAUGAUCACGUUGCUCAUUCAAACUGCAUUGUGGCUUUUGCACGCUUAUUAGAGCAGUCUGCAAAUGUGGAAAUAUUCUUUGAUCGUUUCGAUCUGAAUUUAACAACUAUUCCUCCCCACUGCUGGUUAAUGGAAACAUUAGAACGAGUACAAUUCGUUCUUGUGAUAUUUUCAGAAGGCACACGAAUAGUUUUGCAAGGAGAAUCUUUAAAUAGUCCUUUUUCUCAUCUUUUCGUUGCGACUAUUAAUUAUAUUAUGCUUGUUAGUUUUUCUUGUGGUGUUUUAGUUACACGAGAAAUCGAUUCCAGCUAUAUGGCGAAAUUUAUAUUCCUUCGCAUGUCUUAUUCAUCAUCAACAGUUAUACCUGAUUGGGUGCAUGCUGUAUCUGCGAGAAUUCUCGAAUUACCAUUAAAAAUUUAUGAACUUCUUGCUUUAUUAUCUAAUGAAGAACAAAUUGAAGUUGAAAAAAUUGGAAAUAAUGAAAUGCAAAAAUUUUUGCAUGCUGUUAAAAAAGUGACGGAAUAUCAUCAGAACAAUCCAUUUUGGUUACGAAAGCAAGUGGUAAAAUACAAUGAUAAGAGUGGUGAUUAUGUAAUGAAAGUAGAGGAUUUAGCACAUGAUGUAGGAUUAUGCCUUCAAUCAGAUAGGAAGCAAAAAUCAGUUCAAACUUGCACAAUGAAAUAUUCGGAUAAGCUUAGUGCUUCCGCAAUUCCUCUCUUUGAAAAUCGGUUAUUAUUGGUAAAGGAUCAAUCCAGAAUUGCUCAAGAAAAUAACUUGGAAUAUCCUGAUUCUGAUUCCAUUUCGGAAAGUGAUUGUGAAGAAACUUGUUUUGCCUUGAUUAAAUCGCUAAAUGAUGAUGUUGCUAACGAAUGUGUGCAUUGCGGUGCAAAAUUUGAUCGUUUCAAUCAGUUACGUACUCACAUUGCAUUUACUCAUCGCGUAAAACAUCAAUGUCACAUUUGUGCGUAUUCAUCAAAUGUAAAAGCUGAACUCAAAAAACACAUUAUUAUAAAUCAUGAAAAGGGUGUACGUUGCACAGUUGCCGGUUGUUCAACUACCAUAUCAUAUUUUAGAUUGAAAAGGCAUAUCGAAAAGGUUCAUUCUAUGGGCAAUCGUAAUACCAAAAUUAACAACAGCCUAAUUCGUAAGAAUUCGUUCAAAUCAGAAAAAUUAUCUGCAGCCAGCCAAAUUAAUAGUCCUAAGCAAUAUCUUUUUUCUGCAGAUCUUGACAAAGAGGUCAUGUUGCAUGAUGAGCCGAAUAACGAAUAUUUGCCUAAUUCGCCAAUUUUAAAUUUGAAUAACGCCAUAAAUUCGAAUGUCAAUUCUGAAAAUCAGUCCCACAAAUCAUAUUUUGCACCAAAUGGACUCGACAGUAUUGCUGGUAAAAAUUUCCGAGCAACAGAUGACCUCGAAAAUCAUUUAUGCAAUAUUUGUAACAAACAAUUCACUCGUAUGCUGUCUCUUAUAAGGCACUACAAGCGAAUUCAUUUACAAAUGUACAAAAGAUGUACUGUUCAGAAAGAGUUGUUAUGUGAAAUAGCCGAAUGUAAUCGGCAGUUUUCUUCACAAGCCAAAUUACAUGAUCACAUCUUAAGUCAUAUAGAUCAACCUAUUGUGGCCUGCAAUAAUUGUAAUAAAAAAUUUAAAAGUCGAGCACAUUUUGCUGUCCAUCUUCGCCAUUAUCAUCAAGCAAGCAUUCGAGAUUUGGGCUGUAAUAUGCGUAAUUUUAACAUUUUAUCAAACGGAUUUUAUUUGAAAUCUGAUUAUACUUCAAUAAAUGUGAAACUUUGUGGUAUUAAAUUACCACAUAAAUCACCAGAGAUUUCCACAGAGAAUUCUUUGUUCAAUUCUUAA